AUGCUGCUGGCCUCGGCCGUGGUGGUGUGGGAAUGGCUGAACGAGCACGGGCGCUGGCGGCCCUACAGCCCGGCCGUCAGCCACCACAUCGAGGCGGUGGCCCGCGCCGGGCCGCGGGCGGGCGGCAGCGUGGUGCUGGGCCAGGCCGACAGCCGCCUGGCGCCCUACAUCAUCGACCUGCAGUCCAUGCACCAGUUCCGCCAGGACACCGGCACCAUCCGGCCCGUCCGGCGCAGCUACUACGACCCGUCCUCGGCGCCGGGCAAGGGAGUGGUCUGGGAGUGGGAGAAUGACAGCGGCACGUGGACGCCCUACGACAUGGACGUGGGCAUCACCAUCCAGCGCGCCUACGAGAAGCAGCACCCCUGGGUGGACCUGAGCGCCAUCGGCUUCUGCUACGUCAUCGACUUCGCCACCAUGGGCCAGAUCAACCGGCAGACCCAGCGCAAGCGCCGCGUCCGCCGCCGCCUCGACAUGGUCUACCCGCUGGUGUCGGGCACCCUGCCCAAGUCGCAGUCGUGGCCGGCCAGCCCCGGGGCGGCGGCGGCCCCGCCGGUGCCCGCCUGCACGUGUCCCCAGUGCCUGCUGGUCAUGAGCGUCAAAGCCGCCGCCGCCGCUGCCGGCCCCGGCACCUCCACGCUGCAGCCCCGCAAAGCCGCCCCCGCAAAGCCGCCGGCCACCCCCAAGCCCCCGGUGCCCGCGGCGGGGCCGAAGGCGCCGGACGGCGUGGCCGCGGUGCGCGGCUCGCUGAAGCCGCUGGCGGCGCAGGGGGGCCGGCGGCAGGCGGCCAGCACGCCCGCCCUGAGCUCGGCCGGCGCCUCCGGCAGCCCCCCCGGCGGCGUGGGCAGCGGCAAAGGCUCCCGGGCCAGCCUCGGCACCCUGAACCGCAGCCACCUGCAGCGCCUGGCCAUCGCCCAGUCCCGCGUGCUCAUCGCCUCCGGGGUCCCCACCGUCCCUGUGAAGAACCUCACUGGCUCCAGCCCCGUCAACCCAGCACUGGCAGGGAUCACGGGGAUCCUCAUGAGCGCGGCCGGGCUGCCUGUGUGCCUGACCCGGCCCCCCAAGCUGGUGCUGCACCCCCCGCCCGUCAGCAAGAGCGAGAUCCAGUCCAUCCCCGGCAUCUCCCACUCCUGCCGCAAGACCACCAAGAAACAGGCCAAGAAGGGUAAAACCCCAGAGGAGGUGCUGAAGAAAUACCUGCAGAAGGUGCGGCAUCCGCCAGAUGAGGACUGCACCAUCUGCAUGGAGCGCCUCUCUGCCCCCUCUGGCUACAAGGGGCCCCAGCCGGCCAUCAAGCCUGACCUCGUGGGGAAGCUGGUCAAGUGCAGCCACGUCUUCCACCUCCACUGCCUGGUGGCCAUGUACAACAACGGCAACAAGGAUGGGAGUCUGCAGUGUCCCACCUGCAAAACCAUCUAUGGGGUGAAGACAGGGACGCAGCCUCCUGGGAAGAUGGAAUAUCACAUCAUCCCCCACGCGCUGCCCGGCCACGCUGACUGCAAAACCAUCCGCAUCAUCUACAACAUCCCCCCGGGGGUGCAGGGACCAGAGCAUCCAAACCCUGGGAAGAGCUUCACGGCCCGUGGCUUCCCCCGGCACUGCUACCUGCCAGACAGUGAGAAGGGCAGGAAGGUACUGAAGUUGCUGCUGGUGGCCUGGGACCGGCGCCUGAUCUUCGCCAUCGGGACCUCCAGCACCACGGGCGAGUCGGACACAGUGAUCUGGAAUGAGAUCCACCACAAGACAGAGUUCGGCUCCAACCUCACUGGCCAUGGCUACCCCGACAUCAACUACCUGGACAAUGUCCUGGCUGAGCUGGCAGCCCAGGGCAUCACUGAGGAGAGCCUGGCACAGGAGAAGGACUGAGACUGUGGCGAGGAGGCAAGGAAAGGGUUGCCUGUGCUGGCACCCACCAGGAUAAAGCUGCUGGAGAUACCUGCCUGGGGGUUUCCAGGGCACACCUGGAGCCCCCUGCUCCCAGUGGCAGCCACGCAGUGCCCCAGGCUGGCUGGGAAUGUGGGAGAAGGUCCUUUUGGCCGUCCCCUUCACUCCUGCAGGGCGGGAACAUCCCCAUACACAGCUGUGGGGCUUCAGGCUGGCUUGGCCGCCCCUCUGGAUGGUGUUCUGUCCUCGCUGUCACUGUGCUGAGGGCAUGGGGAGUGCCAGGCUCCCCUCUCUUUCCUCAUCUGUGCCAGUCCCAGCCUGACCCAACACCCCUGCCACCCACCUGGGGCUGGGACCUGGCUUGGGGUGGGAGCUGGGGCCACAGGAGUCCCCCUUGCUCUGCCUCGUCCCUCUGACGUUUGUUUGUCUGUUUGUUCUGUCCGGUACCUCCCCACUGGUCUCCUGUGUCUGUGGAGGUUGGGGGGCCUGGGCUGCCUCAGCUCCUCCCAGCCCUGCCCCCUGCUCCCCUUGGCUGUGUCUGAGCUGUGCCCUGCAGGGUCCCCAUGUCCCUCUGCAUGCCAGGGAGGGGCUGGUGGGUGGUAGGAAGUGUGUGUGGGGGGACAGUGACAUCCCACCCCCCCGCAGUGGGUUCCUUGAACUGUUCGUAUGGGGGCGUCCCCACGUUGGAAUUUCUAUAUACCUCGUGUUUUGGGGUUUUGUCGUAUAUCUGUACAUAUAGGGGCACAUCUGGGGAGGCAGCCUAGGAGAACGUAGUGCUGCAGCCGAGCUGGGGCUGGGCACAGUGGUG